CUGGGCGGGCUCCAUUAAAUGAACCCUAAAGUUUCUCAGAUGCAGCAACGGACGCACUUAUCUUUUGGUUGGAGAGACCUUCCCAUCACUGCAACCCAACAACAACAAUGUGCGAUUAUCUUCGAAGCGCCCUUGUAAAAGACGCCUUACCGUCCGACGUGAGCGGCCGCUAAUAUUGUAGUAGCACACGUUUGAAAAAGAGGAAACAAACUUUAAAAAAAAAAAGAAAAAAAAAACUUUUUGUUUACAUAGCAGGUGGCCCUGACGUCACACGGGGUCGCAGUACGCCCAAAAAUAACAACACACACCUCCGCGCACAAGCAAGUGCCUCCCCUGGGGGGGGAUUUCUAGUCCCAAAUAUACUUGCUAGCUGGGAUACAGCUUGAUGUGUGUUUGAAUCGUAACGAAAAAAAAAAAAAAACAAGCCGCUUCUUCCUCGCAUUGCGCGUCAUUCAAACAGGACUCAGUGUACUGCUUUUCCCUCUGUUGCAUUAGUAAUAACAGCGGCGUUGACGGGAGACAGCAGGAGAGAGUGUGUGUGUGUGUGUGUGUCUCCGACAGCGGUGCCCAGCGGAGGAAUAUUUGAGCUUUUUUAUUUACUCUGCAGCUUGUUGUUCAUUUUCUCUGCGUUAUGGUGAACUUGGACAGUCACGUGUGAAGAUCUCUGCAAGUACAGAGGACGGCGACUUCUCACCUGGUGUGUCCCUUUGACUUUUACCGUGAGGGAAAUAUACCUGCCAUUUUUUUGUGGAAGGAUAACAAGGUAGUGGGAGCUGCUGAACUCUUCGGGCCUGUCCUCUGAUCAGCUUUCACCCCUGGAUUAGCUGGAUCGACCCUCCUUGUUCAAGCCGCAGGGUGCACAGGUGUUCCCUCCUCAGUUAUGCAGAUAGCUGACAUCGCUGGACUCCUUCCACUCCUGUGACGGACAACAACAGCAAGUUCUCUCCCUUAGGGAUGAAAUAUGCUCACUCUGCACCCGUAGGAACAAGCAGAAGACACACACUGUAAAGUCCAAAGUGGUUUUAAAUCAUGAUGAUGCAGGAGUCGGCCACAGAGACAAUAAGCAACAGUUCAAUGAGUCAAAAUGGAAUGAGCACCCUAAGCAGCAGCCAAUUAGAGGCUGGCAGUAGAGAUGGGAGAUCAAGCGCUGGUGACACAAGCAGCGAAGUAAGCACAGUCGAGCUGCUGCAUCUGCAACAACAGCAGGCCCUACAAGCAGCGAGGCAAUUACUCUUGCAGCAGCCAGGCAGUGGCCUGAAAUCUCCAAAGAGCCAGGACAAGCAGCGUCCACUGCAGGUUCCAGUGUCAGUGGCCAUGAUGAGUCCCCAGGUGAUCACGCCGCAACAGAUGCAGCAGAUCCUCCAGCAGCAGGUGCUUUCCCCCCAGCAGCUCCAGGCCCUGCUCCAGCAGCAGCAGGCUGUUAUGCUGCAGCAGCAACACCUGCAGGAGUUUUAUAAGAAACAGCAGGAGCAGCUUCAUCUACAGCUUCUCCAGCAGCAACACCCUGGCAAGCAGGCUAAAGAGCAACAGCAACAGCAGCAGCAGCAGCAGCAGCUGGCCGCCCAGCAGCUCGUCUUCCAGCAGCAGCUCCUGCAGAUGCAGCAGCUCCAGCAGCAGCAGCACCUGCUCAACAUGCAGCGGCAGGGCCUGCUCUCGCUGCCUGGGCCCGCUCCCGGCCAAGCCGCCCUGCCCGGACAGACGCUGCCCCCGCAAGCUGGCCUGAGCCCUGCAGAGCUCCAGCAGCUGUGGAAGGAUGUGACCGGAGGCGGCGGUCACGCCAUGGAGGACAACGGCAUCAAACACAGCAGCAGUGGUACCGGUACCGCCGGGGGUGGCGGCGGCGGCGGCGGCGGUUUAGACCUCUCCACCAACAACUCUUCUUCAACUACCUCCUCCUCUAAUCCCCCCAAAGCUUCACCGCCCAUCUCUCACCAUUCCAUCGCCAACGGACAGUCCCCCGCCCUCAACCACAGAAGAGAGAGGGAAAGGGAACGGGAAAGGGAGCGAGAGAGUUCACUACAUGAAGAAAGUGGAGGGACCCACCCCCUGUACGGUCAUGGUGUGUGCAAGUGGCCCGGCUGCGAGAGCAUCUGCGAGGACUUUGGACAGUUUUUGAAGCACCUAAACAAUGAACAUGCUCUCGACGAUCGGAGCACAGCCCAGUGUAGAGUCCAGAUGCAAGUCGUACAGCAGUUGGAAAUACAACUUUCUAAAGAACGUGAGCGUCUUCAGGCGAUGAUGACCCACUUGCACAUGCGGCCCUCGGAACCCAAGUCAUCUCCCAAACCACUCAACUUGGUGUCCAGCGUCACCAUGUCCAAGAACCUGCCCUCAGCAUCGCCCCCCAACUUACCUCAGACACCCACCACGCCCACAGCACCUAUCACACCCAUGGCUGCCAUGCCCCAGGUGCCAUCAGUACUGGGCGGAGCAAACGUCCCCAGUAUGGGAGCCAUGCGCAGACGCCACUCUGACAAAUACUCCAUGCCUCUGUCGUCAGGUGGUGACACAGUAUUUAUUUUUCCAGAGAUCGCCCCAAACUACGAGUUUUAUAAGAACGCAGAUGUCAGACCGCCAUUUACUUAUGCAACCCUCAUAAGACAGGCUAUCAUGGACUCUGCCGACAUGCAGUUAACGCUUAAUGAAAUCUACAGCUGGUUCACACGCACGUUCGCCUACUUCAGACGCAAUGCUGCAACUUGGAAGAACGCCGUCCGCCACAACCUCAGUCUGCACAAGUGCUUUGUGCGCGUGGAGAACGUGAAAGGGGCCGUGUGGACGGUAGAUGAGGUGGAGUACCAGAAACGCAGGUCGCAGAAGAUCACAGGAAGCCCAUCUCUUGUCAAGAACCUGCCCUCCAGUCUUGGCUAUGGAACUGCACUAAACGCCAGCUUACAGGCUGCCCUGGCAGAGACCUCCCUGCCUUUGCUGGGGACUCCUGGCCUCAUGAACAGCAGCUCCGCGGGUCCGAUGGGAGGCAGCUGCCACGGCCUCCUCGGCGGAGACCCAUCCGGACUGAUGGGCGGAAGUCCACCCAGACUGUUGGGCGGGAGCCCGCCAGGACUGCUGGGUGGCAGCCCCCCAGGUACGCUGAGCGGCAGCCCCCCCACCCUGUUGCAGUCCGCCCAUGAGGAGCUCAACGGCUCACUUGAUCACCUGGACACCAACGGACACAGCAGCCCCGGAUACUCCCCACCAGUACACAUACAACCCAGCUGUGACAACAUUGUGCAAGUUUUGUUUCCAUUUCACAAAAUGAGGCCACCAGUUCACGUGAAGGAGGAGCCACUUAACAUGGAUGACGACGACUGUCCGAUGUCACUGGUGACGACAGCCAAUCACAGUCCAGAGCUGGACGAUGACCGGGAGCUGGAGGAAGGGAACUUAUCAGAAGACCUGGAGUGACUAGGACACCGUUUUUGGUCGACGUAUCCCUUCAUCCAGCCGCACUGUUUCUCUCACACAGACCUCCUGCAAGACUAGAAACCACUCCACAGUCCAAGCAACCACAGCUGACUCUCUUUGUCUCUCUCACCACUGGGACUAUUUAUUGAGCAUGCAUCCGGAUGGAGACUGGUCCAAAGGAACUCUUUGAUGCAGCCCUUUGGGAUCCCCAAACAUGACAGGCAUGGGAUGUCUGAUUAAAAAAUUAAACUCUUUGAGACAUAUUUCAUUAGAGAUGGCGUGGCCACAUACAGUACAAGGAUGAUGGACUCAUGGAUGGGGGAAAAAAACACGAAACAAAUGAGCAAAUCAUGUUCCGUUGAAAGCUAGCGGCCUCAUAUACUGCCAAAAAGGAAGACGUUUUAUGUUUGUGAAUAAUCCAACCCACAGUAGUUGUUAAUGUCUAGAGACAAUUGCUGGUUCAAUUCAAGUUGUUGCUCUGUUUUCAUUUGCACAGGAGUAGUAUCAGAAAUUUGUGUCACUGCCUGUAUGUUGCUAUUAUUAAGAAAAACCAGUAUAUUAUUUUCAGCUUUCUUUUUUACCAUCGUUAAUUUCAAGAUAUGAUUUUAGACACCACCAACUGUAAAUGCCAUUCCCUGAAUCGCACCAGUAACGGAACUGCGGUACCAAGACUGUUGUUGCAGCUGUCCAAAAAAAAAGAAAAAAAAAAAGGAAAAAAAAGUUGGCUUCCAGUCUAUUAUCUGUUUGUGAUUAAAAGUAAAAAAAAAACUGGAAAUUAAGUUGGGAAAAAAAAAUGAAUUGUUUGUGUAAAGCACCAUUUACAAAAACGAAUGCAUUUCUGCAUAAUUUUCCUCUCGCUGUUCUCCUUACCUCCUUGUUCUAAAGCUUUGUCUACCUGCAAACAGUCACAGGCAACAGCUAGAAACCAAAGCCAACACUAGCAAUGGCCAAUAGCUUAUAGACAGAAGCCACCAAACUCCUCUUGGUCCGCCUUCUGUGACUUUAAACUAGUACAAAGAGAAGCUUUCGUUCCGCAAACUACCUUCGAAUAACCUCUGGGAUUGUUUCAUUUAGCCCUAUACAAAGAUGAUCACGAGAAAGAGAGAGGGGGAAAUAAAUGUGAUGUGUAAUUUGAUUACUCAUAGAACGUCCACUUUGGAGAUUUUCUGCCAGGCAUACUGUCGGUAAAAGGUAAUGUGAUAUUUGAACUGCAGGCAUUUUUGUGCUGGUGAUUUGACUGGUAGAGAGCAGCUAACUUGUAAAAGUGGAUCAUGACCAAAACAAAGCAUUUGUAUAUUCAAUGGAAGUGCAGAAUCAUUGUGUUGUUGUGAAAUUUAUUUUAAUUAGAUUUUUUUUAAAACUUUUUGUUAUGCAUUACACAUCAAAUCAUUGU